UCAUUUUUAGUGAGUUUCUUAACAACAUAUCAGUGAUGCAGCAACAUCUGUUCACAGUCCUGUUGUUCACAGCAGUUGUGCCUCUCAUCCUUUCUGUCCCUCGUAAGUAUUAUCUGAUCCAGCAGGGGAAAACAUGGAGUGCUGCGCAGGCGUAUUGUCGAGCCACACACAUUGACCUGGCUGUCAUAACAAGUUAUAAGGAUCUGGUUCAACUUCAGAACGAAGCACAGAGACAACACUUCAGUUCCAGUGCUUGGAUUGGACUGUACAAUUACUAUGACGCCUGGCUUUGGUCCUAUGGAAGUGAGCCACUGGGAAGUUUUACAAUGUGGAUUACAAGUGAACCCAACAACUAUGGUGGAAAUGAAGCUUGUGGUCUAAUAUCUCCAGCCGGAUGGAAUGAUUUUCCAUGUGAAGACGCAUGCCCAUAUGUGUGCUUUGAUGCCAGUAAAACAGGAAAUAGUAGAUAUAUUUACAUCUCUAAUCCGUUGUCAUGGGCUGCAGCUCAGGCAUUCUGCAGACUGUAUUAUACAGAUCUGGUCACUAUUACAAGUGCAACGGAAAACUCAGUUAUCCUGGGAAUGAUCUCUGAGAAUACUUGGAUUGGUCUGUACAGAGAUACGUGGAGGUGGACAGAUCACACCAUCUUCUCUACCACCAGCUGGUUGGCUACACAACCUGAUCAAUACCAGUGGAAACAAGGCUGUGGUUUUAUAAGUAACGGUCAGGCUGUCGACACUCUGUGCACAAACAUAAUGCCUUUCUUCUGUUACACAUUUAUCACAGGAAAACAACAAAUAGUAAGGAUGAAGAUACAGUCGUAUCAGGAUGUUAAUAAUCUUUCAGUAAAAUUGGCCAUCUUGGAGCAGAUCAAACAGAAAAUGAGCGAACAUGGAAUGGCAGAGAACAUCACAGUGAAAUGGAGAGAGGAAUCAGAUGGUAAGGUGUUCCACCAUUAGAAAGAAGAGCUCUAAAUCUUGCAUCUGAAUCUCAAAUUGUAGUGCACAACUAUUUUAUUUUGUAUAAUAAGUUUGCUCUAAGAAAUGUAUUGACUUUAUCGAGUAGACUAUUUUUGUAGACAAUUUUUUAUUUGUUUAUGAUUUUCUUUCGACUGAAUGUACUAAAUCAACAAAGAUGUUUGGUUUCUCAGUUUUUCAGAUACAGUGGUGUUGUAUUUCCUUGUUAUAGCCAUUCAACCAUUCUUUAAGAAUCUGCAGAUUAUGUGAUGUAAAAACAAGUGAAUAGUUUGCGAGGAAUACUUUCUCCUGACGGUCUUUUCAUGCUUACAUUUGAGUUACAUCUUCAGGAGUUCCACUGUCUCUCUUUUUAAUCACUGGAAGCCUUGGUGUCUGUAAUAACUGUUCUGAAACAAAC